CAUAGUUAGGGGCAAGUCCAAAGUGUAUGCUGUUGUGGUUAGGGUGCAACCAUUUGUCAUCGGAAAUCAUCAAUUCAGGGAUUGAAACCGACCCGUUUUUCUUCUUCUUUGAAUUCCCCAUUUUUCAAUUGGUUGUAGAAGAACAAUUAUUGAAGUGUUAGAUUACCACAAUGGACACUCAGAGUGCUGAAGACACCGUUGAUAUUGAUCUUGGAGGGGUUUCGUCCAGUGGAGAAGCAAUUGGGGAUUUGAAACUGAAUCUGGCAUGUUUCUCUGAGAAAGUUACAAAUUUGAGCAAUUUUGUGAUGCAUUUGGAAACUCUCGGUGUUGAAUUGGAGGGCCUGGUUUUGGAGAAAGAAGACAAUGACGCGGACAUGGAUUUUGUUGGGAAGUGUCUGGAGUUUGAUCUGUUAUGUGGGGUGUUGGGUUCUGAGGUUGUGGAAUUGGAUAGGUUCUUGGACUCCCUUCAAGCUGAGGUUGCUGACGCUGGAGAGAGGGUGGCCUCUUGCAAUCCCUGGCAAGACAAGUUGCUGGAUUCUGAGCAAUGUUUGAGGCAGUCUGAGGAGCAGUUUUCAGAGAUUAAGAAACAGUAUGCUUGUUUUCAGAGGACUUUGUCUUCUUAUAAGAGGGGAGGAAAUGGUUAUGUUGAAGAGGGCGAGAUCAUCUUAGAGGAUGGCCCAUCUUUAAAUGUAAACACAGUAAUGACGAUGCAAACAACUGAGCAACAAAGGCAUGUUCUGAGGAUGCUAGAGAAAUCUUUAGCAAAUGAAAUGGAUCUUGAGAAGAAUUUCAAUAACUCAAGACAAAUUGAAGAAAAGCUAAAAGAAAAGAUGGUUUCUUUAGAACAGGAGCUAUUUCUCAUGGAAGAAGAAGCAACUAAUGGUUGGGAAAGAUGGCUUGAGGCAGAUAAUGCACAUGUGAUACUGACUGGAAUUUCAAAAUCACUGUUGAAUAAACUCCAGAUUUCUCAAUUCAAUUUAAAUGGUUUAAGUCAGCGUGAAUCUGAGCUCAAAGCUAAGCUUGAAACUUCCAUAGAACAAUUGAAAGUGAAGGAUGUUACUUCAGACAAGAUUGGAAGCGACAAGGUGUCUUCUCUUGAGAAGCAGCUAAAAGAAACUGAAAGCCAGCUACUGAAUGUGAAGACUUCUGCUAAUGAAUAUCAGAAAAAGUAUAAUGUUUUGUGUUCUAGAGUGCGAGACAUGGAAGACCUUAUUGUUGAAUUGAAAGGAAAUGUAUCUCAUGCAGAAAGUCGAGCUAAUGCUGCAGACGUGCAGUGUAAAGUAUUGACGGAGACCAACAAUGAACUCAGCAAGCAACUGGAUCUUUUGAAAGAUGGUGGCGGAAAAUCUGAGAGGGUGGAGUCACUUGAAAGGCAGCUAAAGGAAUCCAAUUUACAGCUGCAGCAUGCAGUAGCAUCUGCUGAAGCUAGUCAAGAGAAGCAAAGUAUGUUGUAUUCCACAAUUAAAGAUAUGGAGCAUGUGAUAAGGGAACUUAAGUCAAAGGUUUCUAAAGCUGAGAGUUGGGCUGACAGUGCAGAGAAGAAAUGCAUUAUAUUAUCUAAAUCUAAUACUGAUUUAAAUGAGGAAGUAAGCUUCUUGAGGAGUAGAUUGGAAUGCUUGGAGGGAUCACUACACCAAGUGGAGGAAGCAAAAGUGGCAUCUGCAAAGGAUAUCGGAAAGCAGACCAAAGUUUUCAAAAAUUUGGUGAUGCAGCUGGCUGUUGAGAGAGAGCGUAUUAAUAAGCAGCUUUCUUCCUUAGCAAGUGAGAACAAAAUAUUGGUUGUGAAGCUAAAGCAGACAAAUAAGCAUCCUUCUCAAGAAGUUAGUGUGACUUUGGCCACUGACCAUGAGCUGGACAGGACUUGGAAAAAUUCAUCUACAAAUGAUAAUGAAGUAAAAUUUGCAGAUUCUAUGCCAGAUGCUGAUACUGUGAGGAGAAUAGAUGCAGGAGUUCUUAAUUUUAAGCACUUGUUCAUAUUAUCAGUGCUUGUCUUACUGGUUUCAGCCAUGACUUAUCUGCAUUCUGAUGUUAAUCUUGAAUGAAUUUUCAGAAUAUUUUUUUCUUGUAUUUUGGGAUCUAGGUGAGGAAUGAGGUGUAGGGGGAUGGAACCCCCAACCUUAAAUACCACAAUGCCGGAUUAGUAUAGGUUACAAGGUCAUUGAUAUCGUAGGCUUUAGUUCAAGUUGUUGUGUAGUAAUCAAAUUUUGUUGUAAUAGAGAAUGGUCGUUGUAGAAGUGAUCCUUUUAUUACCAUAUUAUGGAUUUUUUUUUAAAAUAUA